CUUUAUUAUAGUAAUCUCCAACAUAGUAUAAAAGAAACAUCGAUAAUAUUGAUUGCAAAGAAACUAAAAUCUUUUUCCUACGAAAUCAAAUUGAUUAUAAGAAAAAGAAAAAGAAGCAAUCGUUAUAAUUAACUUUUCAUAAGUAAAAUGAUGAUGUAUCCUGCCAUGGUAAAAUAAAAUUUGGGAAACCAUGCGUGAAAAUUGUAAAAAUUAAAAAUGUCUCAUACGUACGAUACGGAAUUACUCGCUGAAGCAGCUGGUGUAAAAAUUGUUAAGACGUCCGCUACAUCGACCAAUAAAAUCAUCUUACAAUUUGACGAUACAAGCGAAUUAUCUACGAGGAACGAUAAAUCUUCAUGUGGAUUUCAUUUGACUAAAUCGAAAUGGGAUCCAUAUCCCUGGGUAGGAUCCGUCGAACAUGAAAGUAUUGCCGAUCGAGCAGGAUUAAGACCAGGCGAUUGUUUACUCGACGUCGACGGUACAAAUGUAUUGGGUUUAAAAAUGAAGGAUGUUGGAGCUUUGAUAAAUAAUAGAGAAAAUAGAAAAAACGUGAACCUUCGUAUUUGGAGAUACGAAUCGAAUUCUUUAGAAGACGAAGAAACUGGUAUAGCUUUGAGAGGACCACUUCCGGAAGUAGCUACAAAACUUGCUAACGCGUUAUCAGGAACGAUACGGUGUUUAGAAUGUCCAGUUUGUUUAGAGAACGCAAUACCACCAGUUUCCCAAUGCGUACACGGUCACAUACUUUGUGUCGAUUGUAGACCAAAAGCAUCAAGAUGUCCUGUUUGUAGAGUACGACUUGGUCAAGGUCGUUGUCUCAUUGCCGAGAAAAUUCAAAAAGUAAUUCGUGAUAUUUUUCGUACGAAUCAUGAAAUUGAGAAUGAUAAUAAAACGACAAACAGGAAUUUAAUAGAACGUUUAUUCGGUAAUCGUUACAAGCCGAAUUUAACGAAAACAAAUCCGAAGAAUAUCAAUGUCCCUCCAAAGUCACGACGAUCGUUAUUAAAUAAAUUGUUUCUUGGUGGUUUAGAAAAGGCUGCUUCUACAGAAAAUCUAACAACAGUUUCAAAAGAACAUUGUGAAGGAAUAUCAAUAUUUAGAUCUAAGAAAGCCUAUUGUGAUAUUAAUUUAGAGAAACUGAAUUUAAACGAUCGACCAAAAUCAGCAAGUACCGGUGAACUUUCAAUAGAAAAAUUAAAUCGUCAAAUGGAUAGUAAUCAUUAUAAAUCUAAUUUAGAAUCUAUUAAUAUAACUCGAUCGAUGACACUAAACGUACCAUUGAAUGAAUCAACUUGGAAUGGAUCGACUGAUUCAAUUUAUAUGUAUUUAAGUUGUCCACUUUUUAAAAAGAAUAAAUGUGAAAAAAUUCUAACGUUGAACACAUUAUUCGAACAUUUACACAUAAAUCACAAUGGUUCGUUAAUACAUUAUAAUGGUGGAAGAAUUAAACUACCUAUUCCACUUCCUUUUGAAGAAGACACCAUUUAUUUAUUACAUUAUGCAGACGAUAUUUAUUUAUUUCAGAUAGAUAACGAUUCAUUAUGGAUGACGAGUGUGUUGGGAAAAAAUAAAGGUUUCGAAUGGAUUUUAUAUGGAUGGGGAAAUAAUGGAACGGAAAUAAGAUGUCGUAGAUUUAUAGCGAACCUUGAACAUCCUAUGAUACUUUCACCUGAAAAUGUUGCACUAUUACCAAAAAUCCUUGGAAUACAUACGAUCGACAUCCAUAUUAGUGAUUUUGAAAUAAUAAACAAAUCGGAAAUAUGAUAUAAAAAUGAAUGGGAAUAAAUUUAAAAAAGGUAAAGUAUUCAUAACUUCAGCUUCCUCUUUUUCUUUAUCUCUCUUUGGACAACUACAGACUCUAACCAAUAAUCUACGGCGCCCAAUAACCUUGUACAUAUGAUCUUCUAACGUAAAUACAAGCUCUGUAGGUCUA